AUGCUGUACAAUGAAAAAGAAGAAUUAUUGAAGCAUCAGCAGCAAUUGCAAAAGAUGGUUAAGGAAGCAGCAGAUCACAAGAAAGUCAUACAAUUAGAUGUUCAUCAGGAAAAAUCCUACAUGACAAAGCUGCAGCUAGAAAAUGAUCAACUUCUUGCAGAGAAGAUUUCCUACUUGGACAUUAUUAAUGAAAAGGAAGCUGUUAUUGUCUCGUUGAGAGAUCAAAAAUUAGCGCAAGAACUGCAGAGUGAAGAGGAUAAAAAGAAAAGAAAGAAGGUGAAGCAGAAAAGAUAA